AACACUAACAUUACUGAGUAUUGACACAAAUAAUCUGUUUACUGUCUUAUAAACUUGUACGCAUGGAAAAAUAAUAACUGUAAACUAAAAUUAUAAAUACAUUCCAGUGAAACGUUAGAAUUGAGUUAGUAAACGGCGUCGUCUCAAAUCCAUUUUAUAAACAUCGAUUUUAAUCAGGUCGAUAUAAAAUAUUACAUUACGUUUCUGUUAUAUGUGGAUUAUUUAAAUAAUCCGCCUACUAUUAUAUUUUUGUGUUGGAUAAAAGAAUACAAAAUAAAAUAAAAAUGGAGCAAGGGUUUCCUGGACAACACACUACAACAACGACGACGACGAGUACGUCAACAUUUCAGCAAAAUUUGAGAAUGGAUCUUUCAUAUAUAAGAACAUUGCCUGGAAUGUUAAAAAUUGGACGAAUGGUAUUGGAUUUAUUGGGAUUCAUAUGUGUAUCAGUUUCCAGUUACGUGCAAUCAAGUCGUGGAGCAUGGUUUAAUACAGUUGCAAUGAUGGGAUUUUGGUGUACUGGAAUUCUUUUAGCUCUUUUCAUAUUCCACGUAAUUGAAAAAUUCCACAAGAUCCCAUGGACCACUAUUGAAUUAAUUUUCUGCGCUAUAAUGACCCCGUGUUACCUACUAGCAGCAUCUCUGGCUGCUGACUCAGGGCGAGCUAUUGAAGGAUUCCGAGCUGCAGCCUUUUUUGGAUUUUGCGCUAUGCUAUGCUAUGGUUAUGACGCUUGGCUCAAAUUUCGAGCCCGCCGAGAUGGAAUUCCAGCUCAAGGUCAACAUGAAUCCCAAAAACAAGUGUCGACAGUAACAAGCCCAGCUUAUUAAUUGUUGAUUUUGCAAAGCUAGAAUUGUUAUUUCAUUAAUUUAUCGAGAAUCAACAGGGCGAAAGAGUUGAUUCAUUAAAGUUCAUCAUAUACACAACGAUAUAUUAUACCUACCUCUACUUAUUAGAACAUUGCAUAAUCAAAUUCAUGAAAUGUUGCGUAAUAGCAAGUUUAUUGUUAACGUUAAUUGUUAAUUACAUUAACUACUGAUUGAUAAUUAUGAAUUAUAGUAGUUACUUUUGUGAAAUUUUAUUUUGCGUGCUGUUGAUAAUUGUCCGUUAUAAAAAUUUUAAAGUAGAUGAUAAAGCAAAAUUAAUUCGAAAUUAAUUUAAAGAAAAAUAUUUAUCAUAAUUAAAGCAAGUAUUAAAUAUAAAUAUUUAUUUAAUAUUAUGUACAUAUUUGUAUAUUAUUAUGUGCACUUUUUCAUUUCAUUUAAAGUAUCUAUUUUUGCACGCAUUUCAUUGAAUACAUACUUAUUGAUGACAAUACUUGCUUCGUUUAAAUACAAUAGUAUUUUUCUAUAAUUUAUUUUUUAUAAAAUUGUGUAUAGUUGUUAAUCAUUUAGAGGUAUUGUAUGAUUAUUUACACAUCAUUCAUGUUUCAUAUCAUUAAUCAUUGUUCAUCUUAUUCACGUUAAUCAAUUCAAAAGUAUUAAAAAAAAAGUUUAAAGUAAUAUAUUUCAAAUGUUACACAGAUUUAUGUUUUAGCGUUAUCAUCAAGUUUUUUUUUUAUAUAUAAUUGUUUUACUAAUUAUUAAUUUAUAAAUUGGAAUACAAGCUAUUAAUCUGUUUAAUAUUCCAAUCAAUUUUUUUCCUUUUUAUAAAUUUGCACUCAGUAUAUUUUUUUUUAUCGCUUUACUGUUAUUUUCGUUAUAUUUGCUUAAAAAAUAACCAUGUAUGUAGUGUAAACUAUGAAAAAAUGGAUGCACUAUAUACUUACCUAAAGAAAACCGAUAAAUAAUACUAAUAUUUACAAUUUACCUUUUUUUUAUUCGCGUACUCUUAACGUACGGCAAUUUCAAUGGACCAAAAGAUUUAGCUAGAAUCCUUAAUAUUACAAGCAAUACAUUAUUAUGUGUAGUAAUCUACUAAUUAUUAUGUAUAUUGAUUACACACAAUGAUAAUAUAAUAAUGAACAACAUUAUAUUGUCACGUUGCCUUGUAUGAUGAUGAAAUAAUUUAAAAUAUAAUAAUAAUUAUUAUGAUAAUAAUAAACAAACGAACAUGUUUAUGCAUUAUAGCAAUGACAGAUGAAAAUAAAAAAUAAUGGAAUUAGCCUGA